AUGUCUGCACCAGGCAACGAAUACCAGCCCGGCAGCGAGGGCGUUGAAGGCGCACAUACCGCCGAUACUACCCAAAACGACUACAAGUCUCGAACAGGUCAAAGCCACAUCCCCGUCGUGGGCGACGACACUCGCGUUGAGGACCCCAUCGACGAAAGAACAGCCGACUCUGACGCUCAGCUAGCUCGCGAUGACACUGACGCAAUCGACGAGAGCAAUAUUAUCGGCGAGCGCACACGCGGAGCGGCCAAAUCUGGCGGCUAUCGCGAGCCAGGUGAUGAGGAAGGGCUGCCAGGUCCGGAGGACGGCACCAGCGCUGUUCGUGGAGGUCCAAAUCCAUAA